UAGAGAAUUGAGACGCACUGCAUAUCCUUCCAAAAUGACAGAGCCAACUAUAUACCACUCAGUAAAUACUCAGGUCAUGCAAUCACAUGAAAACUCUGAUAGCGACACGAGCCAACAAACAGAGUACAGCCUGCUGCAAGUGAACGGGGCAUGGAACAGACAGACUGGUGGACAGUCUCAGAAGGAGGGACGGUUAUCAGCUGCUAAAAUUUUCCAGAGAACCUCAGAACAUGGCCUCACCUGGACAGUGGUCAGCCCUAUUGUGUUCACCUACAGAGUGAUCCAAUGCCACAACCUGCUGGAUGUUGGGAAUGACACACUGCUAUGUGGUCAUAUAGAGGACCAGGAUGAGCUCAAGGCCUUCAGAAGCAAAACCAAGCCCAUCAAACGCUUCAUUGUCAUCGAUGAGACAGUCAAUCAGCUCUAUGGCUCCCAGGUCACCAGGUAUUUUGAGGCCAGAAAUGUUCUCUAUAGGAUCCUCCCACUGCCCACUACAGAGGAGAACAAGUCCAUGGAGCUCGUGACCAGGAUUCUGGAGGAGGUUCACAAGUUUGGGAUAGACAGGCGCUCUGAGCCCCUCAUUGCUAUUGGAGGAGGGGUGUGUCUGGAUGUGGUGGGCCUAGCUGCUUCGCUCUACCGGAGACGAACCCCAUAUAUCCGUGUCCCGACAACCCUGCUUUCCUACAUUGAUGCCAGUGUGGGGGCCAAAACUGGAGUCAACUUUGCCAAUGGCAAGAACAAGCUGGGGAGUUACAUACCCCCGGUCGCAACAUUUUUAGACCGGACUUUCAUCCGAACUGUUCCUCGCAGGCAGGUUUCUAAUGGAAUGGCAGAAAUGUUAAAGAUGGCUCUGAUGAAACACAGGGGCCUGUUUGAGCUCCUGGAGACUGAAGGCAGGUACCUGCUGGACUCCAGUUUCCAAUCCCGUGACAAGUUCAGUGGCUGCUGUGACCUGGAGGAUGCAGCCUCUUUGUCCACACGGAUUGCCAUAGAAACCAUGCUAGAGGAGUUGGCUCCCAAUCUGUGGGAGGAUGACCUGGACAGACUGGUGGACUUCGGCCAUCUAGUCAGCCCUGAGCUAGAAAUGAAAGUGCUGCCUGCGCUGCUCCACGGGGAGGCAGUGAACAUUGACAUGUCCUUCAUGGUGUACGUGGCCCACCAGAAAGGGCUCCUGACGGGAGAGGAGAAGGCCCGGAUCAGCCGCUGCAUGUUGGGGCUGGAGUUGCCUGUGUGGCACCAGGACUGCACUCUGGCCCUGGUGCAGAAGUCUCUGAGCGAACGACUGAAGCACUCUGCAGGGUCCCUGAGGAUGCCUCUUCCCAAAGGACUGGGCUGUGCAGAAAUCUUCCAUGACAUCAGUGAUGAAUUCCUGUGUCAGGCUUUCAAGAGCUGGUGUGAUGAACUUGGUUCUUCUUGACAUCUGGAGAUAACAAUAUCCACACUGAAUACACUGAUGCCAUUAUGAGCUGGUGAAGAUGAAAUACUGUAUUUCAUAUUCAAUAUGUUUCAGUCAACACACAUUACUUGAAGUCUACCAAUACAAUAUUAAUAUAUAUAAUAUACAGUGCCUUCAGAAAGUGUCCACACCCCUUGACUUUUUCAAAAUUUUGUUGUGUUA